GAACUCCACAGCUCACAAAUCGAAACUGAAAUCCACCCCUCCACAACCCAGUCAUAUAGCCUCAACAGAAAACAAACGCGGCCCAGUGUGGAUGUUCCCCCAUCUAUAACCCAGAGCCCACAGGCCAGCAUCAGAAGUUUCGAGUCCUUUGUCUGGGACUCCAAGGACAGCUUGAAAGAGUUUUCAGAGGACUCUAUAUCCACUCACAGUACUCUUGGCAGCUCCUCGAAACAGUCGAGCAUUUGUACUACAAUGAACACUAGUAGGACUCAGAGCAAAUACUGGACACUGCUUCCCAUAGGCUGGAGGCUGUUGCUCGAAGCCAAGAAGAUCAGCAGGCACCUCAGCCUGGUGCUGACCGUGGCCGGGAUGCUGAUGCUAAGCUUCACCGCCUUGUGGAAGCCCUGGAUCCACUUCCAAGUGCCUCUAGGACCCCCAGGGGACCCCGCUGGCCCCAAAACCAUCCCCAUCGACACCAUCUUCUUCAUGCGCUGCCCUGAUAUCUCCUGCAUGAAUGAAUACGAUAAGAAUGCAUAUUUGCUGGACAUUGCCUGGGCCUGCCUCCUCAUCUCCGGUGUGAUGAGUUUCUGUGUGUGCAUAGGUCUCAUCAGCACCGAAUUCUUCCCUAGCACUAACCUGCCCUUGAUGGACUUCUCUCUCUUCAUCUGCAGCCUCAUGACAGGGAUCAACAUCAUUCUGGGGGUCCUGUUCUACCUGAUGCAAGCCCGGAAGUUCCUACAGGAAGGCAUGACCUACACACUAGGAAGCAGUUUCUACCUUGCCUGGAUCAAUGUCUUCUUCUUCUUCAUGAUUGGUCUGGCUGGGCUCUGGUCUCUUCUCCUACCUGAACUAUAUCAACUUCUGGUCUAUCCUGUCACUCCAGGCCAUGUGGUCUUAAGACACAACAAUAAACUAACACCAAUGGUCUGCUUAGGCUGUCAACUGCCUGACAAUCCACCCCUAUACUCAAGUUAUGUAACUUCUGACUCCCUUCAACCCAGAAUACCAAUUUAUACUUAAAAAAUAUAUAUCUUCUGCCCAGAAAA